ACACCAACACAAAGGCAUCUGUUACAGAUAUCGAGCGGUGUGAAGAAUUGGGUAUACACUCAUAUCCACAAUAAAAAAAUCAAAAGGCAGUGAGGAGAGGCAGACAAAAAGCAAAGAGAAAGAGCAUAUUGAAGUAUUUAUAAUAGCAUGGCUGGAAUGUAUACAGUACAGAUACUGAGCAUGUGAUCUGGCUGGCUUUAGGACCCAGCGAUUUGUUGGGGGGCUACACAGCAUAUCUGAGGAGAGCAAAAAAUGUGACAAUGGGUGAAGAGCAAAACCGAGAGAGAUGAAGAAUGGAGAGAGACAGCAGGAGGUAGAUGUAUGUAUGCAUAGUGCUGCUUGUUGUAAAUCACUGCAAAGCUGAGCUGAAAGCUGUAUUGCUGCUGUAAAUUCUCAGCAUUUUAAAGAGCUGCAAUUCCUUUGUUGAGCCAGAGGGAGAAAGGAGAAAAGAAGGAUAAAGGACAUCAUGUGGAAAAGAAGAUGAACAAAUGCGGAGAACAUUGACAGAAAGUUCUAUCCUCGCUACAGAGCGGUGCAUCUGGCAGCAGUGCAGGAAGAUGUGAGCAGCACCUACGAGGAGAAGAAGAAGAAAUGCUGAAAGCGGGAUAAACAUCCACCCUGACUCACAGCCAAACUUCAUCACUCACACACCUUCACAUCUUCUCUCUCACGCAUACAUACAUACAUUCACACAGAGACAUACACGGAAACGCACGCUUCACUACCAGGAGGGACUAUAUUGGCUUUGGGAGCUUUAGAACCAUUGUGAGGGUGAUGCUGAUGCUGAUGCUGAUGCUAUUUUCUUCUGGCAGAAAUACCCUAGGCUUCUACCAAACCUUAUGCUGAAGCAGAGUAAAAGAUUAGACCCCGAAACAGCUUUGGACAAGCAGAGGUUGAAAACAGGCAGUGCCGUGGGGUACUUAUGGUGAUUAGAAGUACUGACGCCAGGACAAAGACUGCCACACAGUCCUCCACAGAAGCAACUGAAACCUGUAUUCAGCAAAUCCGAUGCAUUAAUAAUGCAUGUCCCCGGAGCUACCGACACUGAUAACACACAUGUAACCGUAAGUCUGUGGGGCUCUGAUUUCCUCACUGUGGUCCUUGUGUCUUCAAACAACAACAUGGGGACACUUCUGUCUGGAUACUAGGGGAUGGACACAAGAGGUUAUGGCUUCUGUAGCUGUAUGCCAGAUGUAUUGCAGAAGCUAUCAAGCAAAGAAUUAGUGACUCCCUGAAGGAACUGUACAUAGCUUGUAUUGUGUUUUGAGUCCAUACAUAAUUUGUAUGUUACAAGAAAGAAGGACUUCCUGCUAUGUUCACAGUACCGAGUUACAUUUUUUUGUUUUGCUUUUUAGAAAUAACAUUUUUCCAGAAAUAACAUUCUUUAACGUUGGACUGAACUGAACAUUUCUCCAAAGAUAAUUCCACAAUGCAUUGCUCAAGACCUGGACUAACCAUAACAAUAUGUGUAAAGAAAAAUGUAUGAAAGCCCUUGACAGAAUUGUCUGAUGUUUCUAAUGUCAAAGAUUGUCCUUCCCCUUACCUGUGAAUCUAGAUCUUCCAUCGCUGAAUUUUAUGCACAAAAGAAAUACAUUAGCAUACUGAUGAACAAUGACACACUCAAUCAUGUACCACAAGAGAUGUGGAGAGGAGAGACACGCCAACCCUAGGAGCAAAUAGGUCCUGACAUGAGAAAAAUCAAAUCCGCAAGAGCUCAAAUACCACACUCUCUCUAGGCACGAUCACUACUGAAUAUGAAAAACAGACUACCAGCCAUGAGGAUUUUCUCUUUCCAUUACAAUUUCCUUCUCAUCCUUGUCUGGGAAUAAGCGACACAAUACACCACAAAUUAUAAAAUUGGAUUUAGCAUGGAUUAUUGCUACAUCUGCUGAUCCAGACUAGCUAAAUCUCACUCCUUAAUCCAGGCAUAUUCUCCAGGGGUGAGGUGAGAAAACAGGCCACAGCUGGAUUCUCAUACAUCUGAUCUGUCAUUUCUGUCAGGGAACAGAGCAGUGAUGGAGAAUAUGGACGAACUGGAACACCCCUUGCUAGGCAACAGCCCGAACAACUCUUGUAUGGGCCCAGAGGCUGGUGCUGGAGUCUACAGAGGCAUUUUGGUGAGGUGUGAGGAUGAGAAAAAACUUCACUCUCUGGCCUGGAGAAGUUACUGUGCAUCUACAGACAUCCAUCAGCAGCAGUUUCUGGACCCAAUCACCCUUUCCAACACCUUGGAUACGCUCUACCCCAGUGCCCCGUUGUGGGUCACCACAGACUCCCUGGGCAUGCACAGUAUGGACUACCUGGAGACCACCUUUGUGGAUAUUGGACCCAACUCCCCUCUUGAGAGGAAACUGCUGGAGGAGGCCAAAGAUGCCCACAGCUUGUCUUAUAGUAUGGAUGAUGAGGAUGAACUUCUGCCAGAUUUUGAGGAUUCUUCAAGUGAUGAGUUCAGUGACACUGACAGCGAAAGCGACUUCCCACUGAUAGUUCCUCAGGACUACCUUGGGCUGGCAUUCUUCUCCAUGCUCUGCUGUUUCUGGCCACUAGGAAUUGCAGCUUUCUACCUUUCACAAAAGACCAAUAAGGCAGCAGCACAGGGGGACCUCCAGAGUGCAAACGCAGCGUCCCGUCAGGCUCUGUGGCUCUCGGUGUUCUCCAUCGUCUUUGGGAUCAUCACAUACAUCUGUGCCGUUGCCGCCCUGUUAUCCUACCUGUCUGCGAAACCACCUUAGGACAAAUCUACCUAUGCCAGAUACAUAGAUCAUCCUGUGUCUCCUACACACACGCACACACACCAAUAGCCUCACUAUAGCAUCCCCUCUGGAAACCAUCACAAGGUCCAUUGUGUUUGUGAAGUGGAAACGACUGGACACAUCAGCCUGUAUAUCUCUAAGGUUAUGUUUUACACUGCACCACUAAAAGGGACCCAUUUCCUUUUUUUUCAUUCCCAUCUGGGAUAUAAGUGUCAUGCCAGUCUAAUCAGGACAAAAGCACAUGGAGUCAGAUAUCUUAGGGUCCGAUCUCAGCCUCACUAUAUGCGGUACGAAAUCGGAUAUGAACUGGAUAUCUGAUCAUGUGACUGAUGUGCAUCCACACCAACUGUCAUUUCAAGAUACGUGUGAUUUCAUUAUUUGCGUAUGAUAUGUUGUUUCUGAAUAUAAAGACCUACCAAGCUUUCAAAGCUCGCAUUUAUAUUCAUAUUAAUAUUUCAUAUCAAUAUCAUAUUAAUAUAAUGUUAAUAUUUUUGGUAUAUGUUUACACCCUUAUGGUGUACGAUCAUCACAGUGCCAUCUCAACUUGGGUGUGCAUGCAGGUUGUUUUACAGGUGAUUUUUUUUUUAUAUAAUCAGAACUAACCAAGACAAAUGUGUUCUUUUAGUAAAUGUAACCAGACAGCCUAAAAAAAUUGGGCAGACAAAAACUAAAAUUAUGUAUCAACACCAGCCGUAAAAAACGUAACCUAAAAGACGGCAAACCACAGCAGUCAAGAACAAACCAACAGAAUGGAAACAAAUGGUAUCACACAUAGAGAGCAAUAUAAAUGGUCACAGACAGAUGAGUAAAAAAUAGAUUCUUCACAUAUUACAUCUCUUUCCAUACAGCCUUAAUGACACUCACCUCUCUCCUACUGUAUGUUAAAUGUAUGAUGAGUGCAGUCACUGGGAAAACAUCAAUAAUAGAUCAUAGACAGACAUUACAUGUUAGUGAAUAGGGUACUUAAUUGCUGGAGGGGAAAAUAACUGGACUUAUUUUUUGACUGCAAUAUAGGCACCAUCCACAAGAGCUUGAUCAUUUACAACCAAAGUCCAUACGGAGGUGCUUACAGUGUGAUAUUAAAGAUCGCAUUGGUUGUGCUCCGAUCUUAAAGCCACAUUUGUUGUCACAUAGAGAGGAAAUGGAGGGGGAAAAAACAUGUAGCGAGAGGAAAAAGAUUGCACACGCCUGUAAAAAAAACAUCCUAGCAAGGUCUUCUGCAGCUUGACAAAGACAUCAUAUAUGUAAUUAUGAACACUCUAAGCAGCAGCUCUUGCUGUCCUGACUGAUCAUACAGCUGCAUUAUUGCACUUGCUGAUUACAGAGACCAAGCGAGUCCCCGGAAGUGGCUACAAGAAUGUGAAGACAGCCAAACUUCUAAAAGCUUACAAUUUAGAACAGCAUUUUAUACACACUCGCAUGCAUAUCAUUGGUGAUAUUUCAAAUUGCUUCCAAAAAUCUGCUUAACUUUCAGUGGAGACCUUUCUAUCAUUGAAAAAGAAUGGGAAUUCAUGCUGAAUAAUGUCCAGGGCUGCCAACACUAGUUUUUUGGAGCCAAAUCAGACUGUGAAAAUGACAUAGCCCACAGCGCUCGGAUGAAAAGAGGGAGAGUGCCAUUUUCUUGUCUCUCUACAUCUGAACCAACAUGUGUCCAGGGGCGUGGUUUUCAAAACCACUGUCAACAUGCAUGGUAGCUUUGCACUUCGGUCAGUUGCUGACUCCAGCUUCUAGACGUAUGGAUAAUUCUUUGCGACGGGGCAGUAAGGGUAGCUUGCAGCGGAUGCAGCGGGUAAGCGCUCUAGUGACAAAAUGUGCCAAAGGCUAAUAUUGCUGCAGGGGCCAGUGUGGGCUAGUUGCUGUGAGAAGAAAAUGCCAAACUAGUCAUGUGUGAUUACGUACAAUACACAGACAUUAUUAAUAUUUCUCUUUUUUUUUUAUAGUAAUUUUAUGUAUUUAUGAGAUAGUGUUUUUGGUGACAAUUACUAAAUGUAUUCACAGUUUUAUUUAAAGCAACUACUCUUGUACUUGAUUGUUUGAACCCAAGGGUGAAACAAGGUGUAGAAGCAUGACUGGACAAAAGAUAAAGGCCACAAGCUAACACUUGAUUCUGAUGGGAUUGUUUAGGCAAGCAUUCCUCCACAAAGACACAUCUUCAUUUUUGUGGAAUCAACCUUUUUCAACCUAACUGAUUAAAUGUCAUCUGUUAAAAUUUGGAAGCAUUCCCAGUUUGUUAAUAGGUCAUUGCAUGCCAACUUACCUAGAGCCUCCAAGUUCAUGUCAUGGAUUGUAAUUAAAAACAAAAAAAAACAUUUAAUUAAUACAUUCAUUUUAAAUAAUUUAUUUGACUAAUACAGCUAUACAAAACUGUGAUGCUCAGAAUGUUUUUUUGUUUUGUUAAGUUACUGCCCCCAGGAUGUAAAUUAAGUCAUCUUUUUCUGCUUCCACAUGUAUCCACAUUUGAUGAACCACAGAAAGACUAAAGUCUGAAAGGAUUGAGCCCAAAUCCAUACAAUAUCCAAUGCUGGAUAUAAUAACAUCCUGCAGAUAAUUCCCACAGAAUUUCUACUUGAUCUGUGUACAGAAAACUACAUCACUAAAGAAUUAAUAACAAACAGAAGCUCCACAUUAACUGAGAUUAAACCAUCUGCCCUAAGGGAGUUUUGACCCUGUAUUUUCUGACAGAAUUGACUGAUAUACUUAUUUAACCAUUUUCUUCAUGGAAUGAACUGGGAGGCUUAAGGUGAAUUGGUUUGGAAUGAUUACCUUCAUACGAAUGGCAGAUGGUUGCCCCUCCAAACACCGGGUAAAUUGGCUUUGCUAUGGAGGAUGCUGGCAUCCUGCUUCGAAUAACAAACUCUAGUAAGAGACCAGGCAGGGGCUAGAAGUUGAGGUAAGAGCUUAGUGGUGACUCAGUGACAACUGAGGUUAAUGAAAGUACUGUAGAACUGCAGAUGUGAGUAAUGAGGUCUCAUCACGAUCAGUCGAAAAAAAGGUGAAAUAUUGCGGUUCAGUCUUUUCAGUGAGGCAUGAGAACUAGACCGAUCAGGUUGUUCUGUGUGAUUCUCCUGUUCAUUUUCCUGUUGUUAAUGUGAAUAUAAAUAAUGCAGUUCCUCUAACGAUUAAAUAAAUAAACUUGGUUUAA